AAGAAGAAAAUAUACACAUCCCAUUUUCUUGGUGUCCGAGACAAAAAAUUGCAAAUUGGAAAAAUACCAAUAAAAUGGUUUGCCGUUUGUGUCUAAAAGCAAUUCCUAGUGAAUCUGUAAUAAAAUUAUACCAAGAUUUAAACUGUGCAACUGAAGCACUCGAAAUGGUAAAACAUAUUGAAAAGUACCUAGAUAUUGAGGUUAGGCAAGAUGAUGUUGUCUCCACAAUGAUAUGUCAGGAUUGCCAUGACCACUUGGAGGAAUUUCAUAAAUUCUAUCAAGACGUGAAAGGGAAGCAAUGUACACGUCAUAACAAUUUUCUGGAAGUUGAGCUUAAAGAAGAAAGUCAUGAUAGCCGGGAUGUCGAUGUUAAGAACAAUGACGAUAGCAACAAAGUGGAUGGUAAUGAUAAGAUUAGCAACGUUGCCAAGGAAAUCGAACAAGCAAUGUUCGAAAGUCCUAUUGAUAUCAUGAAAACCGAGGCAGAUGAUGAAAAGGAUGAGCAAGAAGUGAUAGCAACGGAUGUGCUAGAUGAUGAUGUAGAUUUGGAUAAAGAGGACGUGUUUGCGGAUGACGGUGUUGACAUUGACAGCGCCGAUUUACAAUCAUCAGAGGACGAUGUACCUUUAAUAAACUUGAAAACUAAGAAGAAAAUCACAUUAUUUUGCAAUAUUUUUGAAUUAGCAAAAUAUGCCAACAGCGAUAGCAGUGAUUUUGGAGUGUUGACUGUUGACUGA